AUGGCCUCUACACUGGAUAGUUAUACGUCUGAGUCUGGUUAUUCCAACACAGAUAGAGCCAGUUUUCCAAGAGUCAAGAUACUACAUCAUAGUUCUCCUCCGUACACUCAGGACUCGAACUCGAUGAGCACCGUGCAAGACGAGGACGAUUUCAAGAACAUUGACAGGUCUUCAUCUUUCCAGACAAGCACGUCAUCGUCGAUUAAAGACUUCCAUGGGGACACAGGCUCGAAGAUGAGCGCGAACGUUGCCAGUCUAGGGUUCUACUCCGGUCCCAGUCUCAACGAUAUCGCUCUGGAUAAUAGUAAACACGCAACUCAUGUCCGGCGUUCCAUAGUUGUGUCGCCCUCUAUGAGCACCAUUACCUUGAGUGUGAACGAUUCGACCACCAUUGACGAGAGUUACGAAGAGGAGCCAACCAAGAAGAUUGGUAUGACAAACAGCCCCAGUUUGCAAGCUUUAGGCGAUAUACUCAACGCUAAGAUGCAAACGAAGUCCACAAGAACGUUCACGUCAAUUCAGGAGGAGCCAGAGCCUAUAGAACCUGUUGCGGAGACCACCGCAGAAGAUGACACCGUCAUCUACCGUCACCCCGUCAACCAGUCGUAUGCAUCUUUUUUCACCGCCCACAGUUCCACCACCGCGCCAGAUGCUUCCGACCUCAUCUCUCUAUCCAGCACAAUCAAGGAGAAACCUGCAAACGACACGCCUACCCUAAUGACGCCAAACUUAUUUUCUCCAUCGAUGAUAUUCAACGAACCUGUCGAAACGUUCAAAAUGUUUGACGACUCGGCCGCCAUUCCAAACUCUAAUUCGUUCAACAUUCCAAGACAAGAGACUUCUGUGAUUCACGAAAUCGGCUACGACGAGCAGGAAUCGUUUGUGGCCCAAACUGCUAGCCCGCGCGUCGAGCAAAGGUAUAUGAUGAGACUGGUAGACGAGACCUCGGAGAACCAGACGCCGGUGACCAUCCAGGAGGCAUUCCCUACGCCUGUUUCCACGCCACAGAAGUUGCCAGUGGUGGAAGUUGACGUACGAAAGGAAACAGAGCCUGAAACUUCCACACCUGUUGCAGAGCCUGAAAACAUGUUCACACCUCAGACGGCUAAAGACACGCCACAGGAUGUGAAUCAAGAGAAAGAGUUGCCCGCAAUUCCCAAAAACAACAAAAGACUCUCAUUCAGGGGCCUGUUCAAGAACAGAAAGCAUCUUUCGUCUACUCCGUCGCUGGUCAUUCCUGAGCACGAACCAGAACCGACCAGGACAACCAAAUCGUUGCGACCAAAAAGCUUUGCCGGCUUCGAAGAGCCUCGACAGGAGAAAAAACCAGAUCAAAUAAAGGACCGUCGUAAGAGUCUGCUGAGUGGGUGGAAGAGAAAGAGUCUGGGCGCAGAGACUGAUAAGAUCAAGAGGAAGAGCAUCUUCGGCAGGAAUAAAACUCAAGAGGUCCAUACUAUGGCUGCAGACGGUGGCAAUGACAAGCCAGAGGAAAGCGAUAAAGAGAAUCGCCCAGAUGCAGUUAAGAAGACCGAGUCGCAGACCUCUAGCGAACAGAAGUCCUUGUUGGACACAUACGGCUUCAACGGCCAGACGUCUGGCUCCGAGGCAGGUGUUGUGCUUUCGACUCCACUGGAAACACAGUCCGAAUUCAUGGACCAGAGUCCUUUGACUCUGCAGUCGCCGAAAUACGUCUCCACUGCCGACCGUCGCAAGUCCACGUACCACGAGAACGUCGACGUGUCUUCGGAAGAGAUCCAGGCGGAGUCGGAUGUCUACCGUCUGGACACGCCUUCUCCGGUCAACGGAAACUUUUACAGUCCCGAAAGACCAACUCUGGCUCCUGCCAGAGACAGAAACUCGCUGCUGGGCAAACGAGAGAACAGCUACACCAGGCUUCUGGCGGGCGAGGCAUUGUUCCCCAAGAGACUCGCUGCUGACGAAGUGCAGAGCAUUGUGACUCUGGAGCGUUCAAGAUCAAUGAGGUCCAUCAAGUCCGCAAGAUCGUCUAUGGCUCACUCGCACUCUGUAAGCAGCUCCAUUGUGGAGAUGCUCAACAGCAACCAAGUUGAGGGGCCGAUCGUGACAUCGGAUGGCAUGACGGUGGUGAGGUCACCGCAGUCAGCAAGGUCUCCGAAGUCCCCUAUUUCUCUGAGAUCGUCUUCAAGCAAAAGACACACGGGCAUUCUGAAAAAGAGUCAAGAACCCCUGUUUGGGUUUGGAUUGCAGGACGAGGAGCUCAGCGAUAUAUACAACAUGAUUCAGUUUGGAGAUGAUGAUCUUCAAAUAGACACCGAUUUCCAUCUCGAGGGCGAAGACAGAGAGCCUGUGCUUGAGCCUGCUAUCUCUUUCAAAUUUGAAAGCAAAGAGCCAGAACCGGCUUCAGGUCCGCCACAGCAGGUCCCAAUCACACCUGACUCGUCUCCCGAGCACGGAAACUGGGAAACUGUCCGCGAAUGGCAGGAUGAAGACCAACACAGCCAAACAUUUGAUAUGCAUUCGCAAAGCUACUCCAUCAGCAGCCCCCAUCACGGGAAUUAUCGACACUCGCUGGAAAGCGCAGCUUCGGAGACAGCAGAAAGUCCCGUUCUCGAUAGGCCGUUGUCAGGCUUGCAGGGUCCGGUGUUCACUCCGAGCGUGAAAUCUUUCGGGGCCACCAGAAACUAUAGUUUCUCCUACGAUGAGGAGCCUUCAAGAGAUUUUGAGGACUAUGUGGCAGAAGCAUCCAUGACAAGCCAGGACUCAGAUGGCCGUCAUUCACGAGAAGGAAUUCGCAAAUCGAGAAGAAUGUCUCUGAUCAGUAAGCUGAACAAGAGGGACAGCAACGGGUCCAAAAGAGGUAAGAGCAAGUCUCAGAGCUCGAUCCGCCUGAGCUUCUUUGGAUCAAAAUCAAGUAUCGAUACGAGGGACUUGAACCCCUCGCCAAUGGCAUCUCCCAUGCCCGAGAUGCCAAGAGUCAGGUUCUCGUCCAAGAUCUUGCUCUUCGAUACUUAUGGCGAGCACGAGUACGAUAGAAAGCCAGAUCAAGCCACCUGUAAUCAACUGACGCCUCAGCUGGCACUUGAGAUCAAGAACGAGCUCAAUGAGGUGAAGGCAGAGAUGCCUGUCCACGAACUUUCGAGAUGUUACACCCAUUUCUUUUAG